GAAUGAUUAUUGCUUCUCGCACAGGGUGGGAGAGUAGAAAGGUUUCAGGCAAACAUUCGGUCUGGAUUUGAGGGAAAGACAGAAACAGCGCUCUCAACACCAGUGUCAGGCUCCCAGACAUCCCGCACUCCACUGGCACCUCCCUCCACCUCUAACACCGAGUCCCGCUCCUCUCACCGGCACCUCUUGGAGGGAACAGGCGAAGCGUCCUCACCGCCUCCAGAGAAGAUACUGUCCGAUCACAGAGAGGGUGGGGGGAGACGCACACACAGAGCACAGAGUAAGAGUGAGAGAGAGAGAGAGAGAGAGAGAGCGAACGAGAGAGAGAGAGACAGAGAGAGAGAGAGAGUAGUUUGGUUUGAUAUUAUACAGACUCCUACCACGUACUGUACGUUACUUUUUUUUCUUACCCGGCGCCGUCUUCUGCUAAGUUGCGCUCCUGGAUUUUAAGUGCGUCUCAGCGAACUCCGUCCCCCCCCGUCAGGCAGCGGCUUCACUCUUCCUGUCAAACAGCCGGGCCAAACAACCGGCGGACCCGCUUGUUGUUUCUUUCAUCCCGAAGAAGAUUUCAUACCAAACAAAAGUACAGAUGCUGGAAUCUUUGAGGUGAUUGGAACAAAUAGAAAGAAGAAAAAAGCUAGAUAAGAGAUAGCAGGAGUGCAAGAGUGAAGAGAAAGAAGAGCAAAAAGAAGAAAAGAGGAGAGACAGAGAGUGAGAGAAAGGAAGAAGAAAGCUUUGAGUUAUUCAGAAAGAGAAGAAAAAGAAAGAGACGGGGACGAUGGGGAGGAAAAAGAUUCAGAUCACGCGGAUUAUGGAUGAACGCAACAGACAGGUGACAUUUACAAAGCGAAAGUUUGGCCUGAUGAAGAAGGCAUAUGAGCUGAGCGUGCUGUGUGACUGCGAGAUUGCCCUGAUCAUCUUCAACAGCACUAACAAGCUGUUCCAGUAUGCCAGCACAGACAUGGACAAGGUCCUCCUUAAAUACACUGAGUACAACGAGCCCCACGAGAGCAGAACCAACUCUGAUAUUGUGGAGACGUUGAGAAAGAAGGGCCUAAACGGCUGUGACAGCCCAGACCCAGAUGCAGAUGACUCGGCAUUGAACAAGAAGGAGAACAAGGGCAGUGAGAGCCCGGAGCUCGAGUCUGCUCUCAUCCUCACUCCACGCACUGAGGAGAAAUACAAACAGAUUAAUGAGGAGUUUGAUCACAUGAUAAAAACUCAUAAGAUCCCUGCUGUGCCCCCAUCGAACUACGACAUGCCCGUCUCUAUCCCCACAAGCAACCAGAACAAUUUAAUCUACAGCCAUCCUGGCGGGUCCCUAGGCAACCACAAUCUGUUGCCACUAGCACACCAUGGUCUACAGAGAAACAGCAUGUCUCCAGGCGUGACACAUAGACCCCCCAGUGCAGGUGGCCUCAUGGGUGCUGACCUCACCACUGGCGCAGGCACCAGUGCUGGAAAUGGCUACGGGAACCACCGCAACUCUCCUGGCCUGCUAGUUUCCUCAGGUGGAAUGAACAAGAACAUGCAGGCAAAGUCCCCCCCACCCAUGAACCUGGGCAUGAACAACCGCAAACCCGACCUACGCGUGCUCAUCCCCCCUGGGGCCAAGAACAACAUGCCCUCCAUUAACCAGAGAAUUAACAACUCGCAGUCUGCUCAGUCGCUGGCCACUCCUGUGGUUUCAGUAGCAACUCCCACUUUACCAGGACAAGGCAUGGGCGGCUACCCAUCUGCCAUCUCUACCUCUUAUGGUACCGAGUAUUCCCUGAACAGUGCAGACCUGUCCUCGUUGUCUGGCUUCAACAGUGGCAGCUCCCUGCACCUCGGCUCCAUGAGUGGCUGGCAGCAACAACAUCUUCAGAACAUGCAGCAUUCAGCCCUCAGCCAGCUCGGAAAUUGCUCUAGCUCUCACUUAUGUCAGGGUUCAAAUCUAUCCCUGCCCUCUGCUCAAAGCCUGCACAUCAAGUCCGAACCUGUUUCUCCUCCUAGAGAUCGCACCAGCAGCACACCAGGGGGCUACGGCGGCGGGGUGCCAUCCAGUCAGAACCCCCAGUCCCGCCAGGACUCGGGACGCUCCCCCGUCGAUAGCCUGAGCAGUUGUAGCAGUUCCCACGAGGGCAGUGACCGCGACGAGCACAGGAAUGAGUUCCACUCGCCCCUAGGACUGGCCCGGGCUGCCCUGGAUGAGCGAGAGAGCCCCUCCAUCAAACGGGUGCGGUUGUCAGAGGGAUGGGCGACAUGAUAGCUCUGCCGACACCCCUGGCUGUGCCCCAAGUUGCCCGGAGACCCUGACAAUGCAGCAUUUCGAUGCCCCCGAAGUCAGCUCCCAUUUCCUUGUCACGCACCACCCGACCCCACAGCCUCUCUCCUUUUAUCUCUUUAAAGAUGAAGGAAAGAAAAGGGACAACCCUUUACAAAAAAUGUUUUGUAAUUUCUUUCUCUUUUUAAUUAUUAUUAUUUACUUAUUUUUGUUGAAUGUGUGCGUGCGUGUGUGUGUGCUUUACUUAUUGACAUUAUAUAAACCAGUGAGGGUGUUGUAAUGGGAUUUUGGGGGGGCGGGUGUUGGUUUGGAUGGGGGAUUUAUGCUGGGGAACUAUGCAUAAAAUGUAUUGUGUGUGGAUAAAAAAAUCACAUGCAUAUAUCUCUACACGUAUUUAUGUGUAUCAGCAUAUAAAAAGAAGUAGUCAGGUACUCCGUCUCAUAAAACAACGUACUUACAAUUUGCCUCAGUGAUGUAUCAUUAACUAGAAACAAAAAAUGAAUAAUAAAAAAAAGAUUAACAUGAGAGUGAGUGUGUCCAGAGGGGAGGGAAAAAAACACCUUGCACUUGAGUUGGACAAAAAGUACAUUUGUACAGUAUCAGUUUCAUUGCUUAUACUCCUUCUCCGCAGUCCUCCCUUGCAAAAAUGUGUUAACAUUAGAUGAUGUCAUGUUGCAGGUUCAACGUAUUUAUGUAAAUAGUGGAUUAACAGGUGGGGGGAGGGGUGUUGCAGGCAAGGGGUUAAAAAGUUGCCAGACAUUUCAAGAUUUAUGAACUCAAUAAAUGAAAAAGCUAUUAUGCAACAUUUGGAGGAUUGUACAGGUAAACAUGCAGGAACCCAAUGCUAGGUGUUGAUUUUUUUUUUUUUUUUUUUUUUGGGACUCUGGUUAGAGGACGGAGUGAGGACCACCCUUUGAUCUAAGAGCUGCAUUGGUGUAAUCAUGAAAACUCGGGUUCUAGUAUUAACUUCUCAGUAUUGAUGAACAAAAAAAAAAAAAAAAAAGACGAAAAAAAUGACAAAAAAACAACAAUUGUACGAUACACUUGCUUAUAUUUUCAUAUGAAAGGAAUACAAUGCAAAGCAUUUUGUGGCUUUUUGUAGUUUCUAUAAGCCAGAAUGUGUUUUUGAUAGCUUUGCUAAUGAAAGAGGGAUAGUUCACCCAGAGAAAGAGAGAGGGUUGGGGGGAUGAUUGGGCUUUCACGCCCUAAGCCAUGAAAAACAGAUUGAGAUCCAAUGCUUUGCUGAACUGUUUUAUCUUUGUAGAGGUUUGUUUUUAAACGUGUAUUUCUAAUUAUUAUAUAUAAUAAUGGUAAUAUUAAGAAUCUUUAAAAAAAAUCUGUGAAAUUAACAUGCUUGUGUAUAGCUUUCUAAUAUAUGAAUAUAUAUAAUGAUUUUUUUUUUGUUUCUUAGUGAAGUUUCUAUGUGCAGUUGCACAUGUUGUCUGGUUUUUGUUUCAUUUGAACUCUGAACAGUGCUGUUGAAGGGGUUUGUAUUUAGACUAACUUUAGAAACCAGCUGGAUUUGUGCAACACAGAGGAGAUGGGGCCUGAAUGCUGAAUGGUGAAAAAAAAAAAUCACAAAAACAGUGUGCUUGUGGAAAAUGUCAGAAGACUGAAACUGGAGAUGAAUAGAAAUAAAAGGCUCGAUGUAUUCUGCUCAUCUCACACAAAAAUACAUAUGAUGGGAAACUGGUUGCGUUUGUAUAAAUUUAGAUGAAUCAUAGGGAUUUAAAAAUGAUCUAAUUUAAUCCCAAUAAUCUCAUAAAGCAGUGUUUUGACAUUAUAUUGAAAUCUCAGGUCUUCUCCAAUCGUGUGUUCUAGAUGUUUGACAAAGCUCACCCGAACUGGACUGUUUCCUUUCGAAUCAUAUUUACCUAAUGUAACUUUGCAAAUGCAUCAUGAUGAAUUCCCAUUGAUUAUCAUUAUCAUUUAUCAACCUCAGCUGAUUCUUCUCCUUGCGGUCUCCGCUCAUGUUCCAGUCUUCAAAAUGCAUUUCCACUUGAGGCCAUUGACAGUUCAGCAAAAAGGAAGAAACUGAUCAUGCUGGUAUGGGAAAAGCACAAUUUGUUAAUUUUAGAUAAAUAGUUGUUUUGGAUUUUCUUUUUCUUCUUUUGAUUUUAAACAAUGAAACUAGCCACAUAUCUCUCUCUGCCUCCCACUCCCGUAUCUGCUGUCACUUAAGUGUUAUACUAUUUCUGUGUGCAUAUUUCAUGCAGGUUCACAAUGUUGUUACUGUAUACAGUCUGUGUAGUCAAAUGGGGCAGAGCCUCUGUAACGGUGUUCUUUCUUUUAUUUUUUAAAACUUCAAUACAAAAAAAAACAAACAAAAAAAAUACAGUUGGAAAAAUAAAUAAAUAUGAUGUUUCAGGCAGCAUAAAGUGUGGAGAAACCAAAGCCAGUGGCAUUUCUGUAUUGUAAAAUCAACUUUUAUUUUCACAUCCAUUUUCUUUUUUGCAA